ACAACUCUCAAACCUGUCCGGGGGGUGAAGCUGCUGACUAAGCUCCUCAUUAUUAGCAUGUGACACUCCUUUCACCAUCAACAUCAACAUCAUCAACAUCAACAACAACAAAUACUCAUUCUUAUGUUCUGUAUAAGAUAUACAAUAUAUCUGCUGCAGGACUGACUACCUGCGCGUAUCACUGAGCCCUUUUGCUGGCUCUUCUUUUGCUUUGUCUGCUUUACUCGGAAUCAUUUCUCCCAAAGUGCUACGUCCAGACAGCUAAAUAACUAACUUAUCGAACUAGUUCUCCGUCGUACAAUCCCCGCUAGCCAAAAAAAAGUUAUUUUAUCUGUCCUGUGCGACUUCGUUCCCCUGUGCGAGAAACCUCCUCCAUGUCUGCCAGAGCCAUACAAUAAUACAACCAACCAACUAAAUGUCCGGAAUAUAACUCCUAAACCCCUAAAUCCCUACCCUCUGCUCCAACCAUUCAACACCAACAAAACCAACAAAAACCAACAUCUAAAGGCGAACAGCAAAUCUCCCGACAUGGACCACCACGAACCCCCAAUCCUCCGCCCGCGUGCCCGGAAACCCUUUGAGCUCGCCGCCUCCUCCCCCUCCACCGAACCCUCUGAACCAUCUACCCCGAUCUUAGAAGAAUCAGCUCCCAACCAAAACGCUCUCGAUCCCUCCUCCAAAGACUCCCUCGCCGCCCACCGCACCCGCUCGAUCCUCAACCUCACCUCCUCCACCCUCCUCGGAAUCUACUCACCCACUACCCUCGAUAGUCCCCGCGAUGAGCUCUCCUCCUGGGACGCCGUCGCCAGCGGUGCCCAAACACCCACCUCAAUCUCGAACAACGCGCGCUUCCCCCUUUCUACCACUUCCACUACUACUACUACUACUACUACCGCCGCGACCGCCGCCACCAGAAAACCAACAAACGGUUCCACGCUAAUCUCAAACCCCCCUUCUUCCAUACACCCCAGACACAUACGCACACCACGUCUCCUCCACCGCCGCCGCACCCUGCGCACCUUCUAUCUCCCUCUCCUCCUCCGCAGCGCUCUACUCUUCAUCUUUGGCGUCGCUUACGGCAUCAUCAUCACCCACCUACAUGACAACCCGCGCGUGACGCCCAUCAAGAUCGAGAACAUCGAUCUCAUCAGGCGCGGGUCGUGGGUGUAUAUGGUGUUCUGGGGUGGGGCGGGCGUGGCGCUGGGAGGACUGUUGCCGUGGUUUGAUGUUGUUUGGGAGGAGUUUGUCGGAGGAGAUGGCGAGGGGGAGGAGGACGGUGCAGGGGUAGGAGAGAAGAUGGAUGGGGGUGGCGGGAAUGUAGAGGUUAGCAAUAGGGAUUUGACCGGGAGUGGAAGUGGAAGUGGGGAUGGGAAGGUAAAUGUGAAAGUGAACGGGGGGCAACAAUUGAAGAGUUCCCAGUCCAUAGCAGCCGAUUGGAAUCAGGUUGUCAGGAGCAUCGGUGCGUUUGUGGGCAUUGCAUUUGCGAUUCGCAAACUUCCCUGGCAAUCCACCCUCCAAGUCUCCCUAACCCUCGCGCUCGUCAACCCGUUCCUCUGGUACCUCAUCGACCGCUCAAAGCCAGGCUUCAUGCUCUCCACCGCCGUCGGUCUGCUGGGCAUGGUCACGUGGCUGGGCGUGAACCCGGACGUCGUGCCGGCGCCAACUGCGAAUGUUGGAGAAGCUAACGCUAUUGCUGGUUCAGGCGGAAUGCUCCUUGCGUCGCAGGAGAGUAUUGCGGUGGGGACGUGGAUUGCCAGCGUGUUGUUUUGUAGCUGCGUUUGUUUUGGGAAUAUUGGGAGGCGGUUGGCAGUGGGUGGGGGAAGGUGAAUUUUGGGAGGUGCAGAUAGAUAUUGCUGUGUUUUUAAUGGUGUAAGGAAGGGGAUAAGGGGGCUGAAUUGCUUUUUGUUUCUCUUACUUCUUUUGCCUCUUUAAUUCUCUGGCUCUUUUUUUUUUCUAAAUUCUCUUAAUUAUCGGGUUAUGCGAUGCAAUGAGGUUUGUGUAUACUAUAUAUAUACGGGUUUCUGCUGCAUUCGGGAAUAAAAGGGGAGGCUGUGAUGCGCAUUUGAUGAGCUAUGGGGAAGAUGGCCGGGAGAAAAGGACGCUUAUUUACAUCUCAACUAUGUUAAUGGCAGUGGAGUGGGGAGCUUUUUCAUUUUUCUCUCGGGGAGGUUGUAUCUAAGAAACAUGUAGAUGCAUGUGUUUAGGGUUCGAUUCUCUGGGCAUGUAUUCUUUACUGUCUGCUUGAAUGAUUGAGAUAUGUAUUAUUAUUAUGCUAACCCUCCUUGAUCAACAUCUUCCCCAUCCUCCAUCGAUUCGAAACGUGUCCAUAGCGACAUAAGCUAUUGUAUUUCCAAUGGCGAAGCCCAAUUCUUAAACCUCUUGCUUCCAUCCACUCCAUCUCUGUACAUAUAUAUAUAUGCAGAGGCCCCAUCCAGCCAACGAGCAAAUAUGUAGACGAGUAGAUUAACC